AGUUCUCGCGAGACUCCCGGGAGAUGGCGGAGGCGGCGAAGAUGGCGGAGGCGGCGGCGGAGCUGCUGGAGCGGGUGGCGCGGCGGGACGCGGCGCUGGAGGAGCUGCGCGCCCUGCGGGUCGCCCUGCAGGCCGUUCCGCCCGCCGCCCUCCGCGCCCGCCUCGGCGAGCACCACCUCGGGGCGCUCUUCGGUCUCCUGGCCGUCAAUGACCGGGAACAGGUGUCCACGUGUGUUUCCAUCCUGGAGCGGCUCCUGCAGGCCCUGGAGCCCCUGUACGUGAUCCAGAACCUCCGGGAGGAGCUGCAGAAGGGCCUUGUGCACCCCGAUGACUCUGUCAAGAUCCUCACCAUGGCCCAGGUUGGGAGGAUUGUUGAAGACUCAGCUGCUGUCACAGAGAUCCUGCACAGCCCGGAGCUCUUACGGCAAAUCAUCAACUGCAUCGGUGGGGAGAAAAUAGCAGUGGCCAAAGAGGCCAUCAGAUCCCUGUCGAGGAUAGCCCGGAGCCAGGAGGGUCUGGAGGCUCUGUUUGGGAGCAGCCUGCUGGGCGACCUGAGGGACGUCAUGGCCACCAGCGACGUCGUUCGGUACCGGGUCUACGAGUUAAUUGUGGAGAUUUCCUCGGUGUCAGCGGAGUCUCUGAAUUACUGUGCAAACAGUGGAUUAAUCCCUGAGUUAAUUGGGGAGCUGACUGGAGAGGACGUGCUGGUCAGAGCCACGUGCAUAGAGAUGGUGACCUCGCUGGCCCACACGGCGCACGGGCGGCAGCACCUGGCGCAGCGCGGCGUCAUCGACAGGAUCUCCAACAUCAUCCUGGGGGCAGACUCAGACCCCUUCUCCAGCUUCUACCUGCCAGGAUUUGUUAAAUUUUUUGGCAAUCUGGCUGUUGUGGACAGUCCCCAGCAGAUCUGUGAGCGUUACCCUGUCUUUAUGGAAAAAGUCUUUGAAAUGGCAGAAAGUCAGGAUCCAACCAUGAUUGGGGUGGCUGUGGACACACUGGGAAUCCUGGGAUCCAAUGUAGAAGGCAAACAGGUUUUACAGAAAACCAGAAGUAGAUUUCAAAAUCUCUUGAGCAAAAUAGGGCACCAGGCCAAGAAUGCCCCCACCGAGUUACGGCUUCGGUGCUUGGAUGCGAUUUCAUCUCUGCUCUACUUGCCUCCAGAGCAGCAGACAGAAGACCUUUUAAGGAUGACUGAAUCCUGGUUCAUGUCCUUGUCCAGCCAGCCCCUGGAGCUGUUCAGGAGCAUCAGCACUCAGCCAUUCCCUGAUCUGCACUGCGGGGCUUUGCGAGUGUUUACUGCCAUUGCAAACCAGCCGUGGGCCCAGAAGCUGAUGCUGAGCAGCCCAGGGUUCGUGGAGUACAUUGUGGACAGAUCUGUGGAGCCUGACAAAGCUUCAAAGGAUGCUAAAUACGAGCUGGUGAAGGCCCUGGUGAACUCCAAAACCAUUGCAGAGAUCUUUGGCAAUCAGUACUACCUGAGGCUCAGGGCUUACCUGCACGAGGGCCCCUACUACGUGAAGGCAGUGUCUACCACAGCUGUGGAAGGAGCAGAGUAACAUCCUUGGUUCCCUUCCUGCAGAGCACACUCCUGCCACAGGUGUUGAGGUACAAGGGGUAAAAACUCUCCACAGUGGAGGUUUUCUCUUUAAAGGAAUGUGAAGAUAUUUUGACUCUAUUUGAAAUGAGUCAGGAGAGCAAAUUGAAGGGUGUUUGAUAUUUCCUCCUAAAAUGUCAUGGGAGAAGUUCCCUGUGAGCUUCAUGAGGUGACCCAGGUGAGCACUUAGCAGCUGCUGGCUGUGUUUUAUUUGGCAGAAUUUAUCAGUGUUUGUUUAAAUUGUUCUUGGGUUUGGAGUUUCUGUUGUGUUUUCUCAGUAGGUUACAGUUCAGUUAAAAAAAAACCUGCACCAAAACACCUCAAGGUUUAUAACCUCAGAUGCUGCCAUAAUUUCUAUUCUUUUUUAAUUCAUUUUUUACCUGCCAGAGUUGGCACUUGCAUGGAACACUCUUUGUUCUGUCAGAAUCCUGUAGCUGGAUAAGCCAGUGGCACUGUCCACGUGAGGGAGUAUGGACUGGGUUCUCUUCUUUUCAACCUGCUGGAUGUGAGUCUUGCUGGAAUAAAUAAUCCUAAAUAUUGUUUACA